AUGGGCAACUAUGUCUUCCAGAUCAUCUGUAAUCUUGCUGUUUCUCUACUACUGCUAUCGCUUAGUGUCAGCGGCACCACAAAUGGGUCUGAGAUGAAUUGUUAUUCAUUGGUCAGAGUGCCACGAAACACAGUGUUUCUAGCUCCUGUUAUGAGCGUGUUGAAGAUAAACUGUACUAUAACUCUAUAUGGAUGUCACAGGAACCCAAGAGUCUCAUGGUGCAAACUCUAUGGAGAUGUCUGUACAUCUUUAAAUUACUCAAAUCACUUAAGAACUGAGUGGACAAACAUCACAGAACAUGAAGGGAUGGCUUUCCUGCUUUUCCUGAACAUCUCAAUGGAGGAUACAGGUUUCUACAGAUGUAAAGAAGGCGACAUGUCUAUAGGCCAUUCUAUUAAUGUGACUGUGACAGAUAAUAAGGAGGAUAAGGUUUCAGACAAUCAAAGCAACAAAAGUGAUCUGAAUUCAGGUCCAACGGAUGAUCUACAGUGGCUCUGGCCUUAUGUGUACAUCUGCAGUGGAAUAGCAGGGCUGGUGGUGAUAGUUAUUACUGUAACAUUGUUUAUCAUCAGAUGCCAAGGGACAAAAUCAACAAGAAAAGAAAAGACGAUUAAAAAUCAGUACAUGGAAACACAAAGAAGUGAUCUGCCUCCUCUUCCUCAUCACAACACCAAUUCCCCCUCUGAUCAGCUGACCUCUGCUUUAUAUCGUGGCUGUGAGACUCCACCUGUCAGAGGAUCAUCAUCAGCUGGAAGAGUUUCAGAUGGUAGACACAACACUGUUGGUACAGAAAGAAGGGAAGAAGAGAAUGCAUUGGUUUAUGCUUCUUUGAAUCACCAAGCUAUGCCAAGAGGGCAGAGAAGAACAGCACAACAUGAACCAGAACCUUCAGCAUAUGCUGCAAUCCGGUUCCGGUGAUUCAGUUAAUCAUUUAUUAGACAAUUUUAUAAUAAUACUGAGAAAUGACCAGUGAAAAAUGGUCGCUCAUUUGCUAUUCUGUAUUUAGAAAUACUCUCUAUGAGGAGCAAGAUGCAUUUGGAAACCUCUUUUUCAGGGUUGCAUAAUGCAACUGGUUGCUGGUAUCUCAAAGUUCCAGUAAAAAAUACCAGUAUACUCACAUUUAAAAAUGUUCUGCCCUACUGAAAAAAAAUAAAAAAUAAAAUAAUAAAUAAUUGUGGGGAGUGAUGUUGUAACUUGUGGAAGGUAAUAAACCACACAACAAAUGACAACAGCUUCUACAAUGGAUGAUUCUAUGUCUAUAUGUAAUAUGCUAUUUUAUUA